UAUGUUUUUAGGAUAACUAAAGAUUUAUUAUGGAUGAACAGAUUCUCUAUGAUCUUAUUGUUCAUGAGGAAUGGGUUCAAGAUCCUGUAACAGUGAAUUGCAGUGAUUUAGAGUUCAUGAAACAAUAUCGUGGGUCUUUAUUAAAGAAAUUAUGGAAAGUCACAGAAGGUAUUUUUUGGUAUACAGUAAAAAGUUUAAAAUUGCAAUUACGUUAUCAAACAAGUUUUGGCUGUCCACCACAUCAACUAGCGCAGUUAAUUAAUAAGAAAUUAGAGUGGAGUUUAUCUGUAUCAAGUGAUGGCUCUUUCUUAGCUGUGUUACAAGAUGAUAUCAUUGAAAUAAGAACAUUAGCAGAAGAUUUUUCUACUGUUAUUGGCAACUGCAAAAUUGAGAAAGAUAUAUGUCCACAAUGGAGGAAAAUUGCUUGGAGUAGCAAAUCAAGUCUUGUUUCUUAUUCAAGCAGCUAUGGUGAUGUACAUAUUUUUGAUCUUACAGGCACAGAGAAAUGUGUAUUGCAUCAUAAUGGUGGUGCUCAUCUCCCUGGUAAUCUACGAAAUGCUAUAAGCUGUUUAUUUUUUAUACCUUCAGAAGAAGAACAAUGGACUGACCUACUGUUUGUCAUGAGUUAUCAAGGGAAUUUAAAAGUUUAUAACAUUAGUGAAGCUGUAAAUUAUGAGGAAAAGUUUUCUUUUUCAUUUACUUCUUAUCAUCCAUAUGGGAUAGCAUCAGCAGUUUAUGAUCCUAAAGCAAAUAUUUUGAUUGUGGCUGGGUGUUACGGAAAAGAACCCUAUGAAUCUAACCAAGGAUUAUGCUAUGGCUCACACUGUGCCAUAAGCUUGUGGCGAUUUGUCAGUGAUCAUCCUUUUCUGACUUUUAUAGAAGAUAGAGGAAAGGCUUUUACUAAGGUUUCUCGUAAAGAGUUAAUCCAAAUGCUUGCACGCAUUAGGAAAUCUCGUCAACAAAAUUAUUUAUUGGAUAGCAUAUACAAAAUUUGUUUAUCAUCUGAUUCCUCCACACUUGUCUCACUUCAUUUAAAUGGUAGAAUAAGUCUUUGGCAAGUCCCAUCUAUGAAAUUAAUAAGUACAUGGAAUAAAUCUGAGCAGCCAAUAAGUGGAAAAGUCCAUAGGAGCUCCAGCCUUAAAAAUCUAGCUACAUCAGGAGAUGAUUCUCACACGAUUGUUGAGGUUGAUUGGUGGUCUACAAAAGAACUAAUUUUGGCUUGUGCUAAUGGAAAUCUGACUAUAUCUUCUAUCAAAACACUAUCUAAUUUGCUGGGUGAUUUACCCGAGCGAUUUGAUCCAUACCCUGUUGUAAGUCAUGUAAUAGCAGGAUGUGCUUUGAUUCUUGAGUGUGACAAAAUUGUAAAAGAAACAGCAGCUCAAGUACCUGAAUCUCCAAAUAGUUCUUGGUUGAGCGAAACAGAUGAUGAUCAUUCUGUGUCUUUAAAGUUUAAAACGCAAGAAAUUGUAAAACAGGUACUUUACUUCUUAACAGAAGCUGAAAGAUUUCAGCCAAGCUUGAAGAAACCUCGGAUUCUCACUAAUGUUUAUCGAUUAGUUUGUCUUAAAUCAACAACUCCAGAAGAAUUGUUUUCUAGAAAGAUUGAACAAGAACAUUAUGGAGAGGCAUUAGAGUUAGCAUUGCGGUUUAAAUUAAGCACAGAUCCAGUUUAUCAAGCACAAUGGAGAAAAAAGCCGGUUUCAAAGAUAACUAUACAUGAUUAUUUAACAAAAGUCAAAGAUCGUUUUUGGGUUUUGGAUGAAUGUUUGCUUCGUGUUGCAAGUGAUUUUGAUUCAACAGAAGAACUUAUCAAGUAUGGAUUACUGGAAACAAGUUGGGAGGUCCUGCAAAAUAUAGAUUCAGAAAAAUAUUUAGUCCACUAUCCUACACCCAUAACAGACGAUGAUGAUGUUAAAUCUGAGAAUAUUUUUAAUGGCAUAUUAUCUCCAAAGCAAAUGAAGAUAUGCAAAUAUCGCUUACAGCUAUUGCAUUAUCUUGAUCGACUUUCUACAUACGAAGUUAUUCUUGGUGGCUCCUUCAAAGCUCGUGACAAGUUUAAUUCCAAAUUUUUUUCGGACUUUCGUUCAUGUAAUAUUGUUUAUCAAGCUGUCCAGUAUGCACACGAAGAAAACUCAUAUGCUCUUGAGGAUUUAUUUUCUUAUCAUGGUGACCAAAUCUUAGCCCACUGGUUGCCUAUCCUUUCCAACUUCCCAGAGACAGCUGAUGCAAAAGAAUAUGAGCCACUUAUUCCAGAACUUGGUGAGGUUGGUGGUGGAGUUGAGAUACUUCCAUGGUUACAAAAACGUCAUAGAGAAAAAGACUGGGUUCAACAAAAUGGAAUUACUGAACAAAUAGAAGAUACCCACAAAGAAGAGGAUCUUGGUGCAUUUAUUUAUAAAAAUCAGCCGGAGCUUUUGGAAUUUAUGAACUGUAGUUCAAAAGAUGUUUUGCAAAAAUGGUUUCAUAAAAGGAUAUUUGAAAUAGAUGAAAGAUCAAAACAAGUUGACUGCUGCUUACAACUAACCAAUAUUGGGAUAGCAAGAGGUAUUCAUGGUCUAAAAAACAUACAAAGUAAUCUUGAAACACUCAGAGUUUUAGUUUAUGAAGUUAAUAUUGAUAAUGAUCUAGCACUUAAAGAGAUCAUUGAUCUUCCUCAUAUCUCAAAAAUGAAGCUUUUGAUGACAAAAACUACUGAUGAAUCCUUUAUUAGUGAUUAUAAAGCACUGUUGAAUCCAUAUUUGCAAAAAGUCGAGAAAAAAAAUGGCAAAGUAACUCGACAAAAGUUGAUUCACCAGUUUAUGACUGAUAUAGCAGUUUCAGAUUUGACUUGUUGUUUAAAACUUGUGCAAAAUUCAACCCCAGGGUUGGCUGAACCCUUAAUUGCUGAUGUAGCAGAAAUUAUGAGACUUUCUAUGGAUUGCAUUUAUGCUAAUAAGCGUCAUGAUCAACUUCAUGUUGCAUUUUCCAUAGUAGAAUGUCUCCCAGCUAAAGAAGAAGGAUGUUUAUCUCAACAAAUACAACAGCUUCAUAUUCAAAUGGACCAACUUGAAUUACUGUUAAGUGCUGCAGAAAUCUUACAGUAUCAUAAUUGCCCAAAAACUGUUGGCUAUCUUUUAGAGAUAAAGGAUAACUUCACCGUUGUAAAUGAAAUUCUUCAUUCAAUCUUAAAAAAUACUUCAGUCAGAUCAUCUGCAACAAGUUAUCAAGAUUGGAACACUCUUCUUAAGCAUAUAGUUAAACUUUGUAAAACUGUCUUUUUGUGCGUUGAUGAGUCGCUUUGCCAUCAGUUUUUUGCAGAAUGUCUUCUUCAGUCAGGAUCUAUGCAAGCCAUAGGUUUAGCUGGCGAAUUGUUAACAAAGACCAAGCAAGGGGUUUCUGUAAUUAAAAAGAAUCUUCCAUCAGCAACAUAUACAUUAAAUUAUGAAACCUCUGUUGAUAUUGUUUUAGCUGCUUCCCAAGAAUAUUUCAAUGCUGCAGCUUCAGUUCAUGAUUCUUCAAUGGAGCAUGCUAAGUUUUGUCUUUCUCUUAUUUCGGACUGCCCUGAAGGUAUACAAGCUGAACUAAACCUAAUUCAGGCUGCUAUCAUUCUGCAUAAUUUUGGAGUUUCCAUUCUUCCGUUGCAGGUUCGGCUAUGCGUUGAUCGAAUAGAGUUGAUUGAUCUUUGUUUACAGAAAAGUAAAACAAGUUAUAAAAAAGUUUUAGAAUUACAAGCCCUUGGAAAUUUACUUCUGAUUUGUGGAGAUGAUCAUCACGAGAGAGAUGGAAAAAUUACUCUUAAAAUUGCAGAGUCGUCUUUUUAUGUUGAAGAUUUUUCCUUUUGUGCAACACAAUGUCUUCAUUUAAUAGAUAUCAGUUACAGCAAGGCAUGGCAAAUUUGCAAAGAUCUUGGUGAAUCUACUGUUUUCAAUAAUAAUCCAAUAAAACUGAAACUGAUGAGCUUUGCUUUAACUUUUUGUCCAGUGUAUCAUAUUGAAGAUAUUCUUAAGAAAAAAAUUAAAAUUGAUAAAGAGGUUCUCUGCGAGCAACUGCAUCUGCAAGUAACUGAGGAUGAUGAAGUUUUUGAAGACACCAUGCAAUCUAACAACCAAUCUCUCAUAAAGCACACUAAAAAAGCAACUAAAAAGUUUCUUCAAUCUAUGGGUAGUACCAAUAUGUUAAGCAAAGCAUUUAAUUGGGUAAAGCAGUCGCCAGAGUAUUCAAAUGAACCUGGUCAUCUAAUUGAUGUUGAUGGGUUUCUAAGACAUCCUUUUUACUAUUCCCUUGAAGGAAUUGUAAAAUCUACAUUUACUCAUAUGGAUGAGCUGUAUCCUGAUUUUAUUAAAGAUGACACAACUUCUUAUCAUUGUCUGAUGCUGAGAAACCUUAUGUUAAAUCUUCAAUGUGGUGACAACACUAAAAGUGAAAAUCAAAGUGGUAUUGAAGCUUUGCAUAAUCUUGCAGAAUUGACAUUUUCAAAAGAUUCAUUACAGUCUAUUGGUUACAUGUUACACAUGCAAGCUGAUGCUAUUGAGAUCAUGUACAAAUCUAUAAAAAAAAACUUAUUUGCAUUUUUGAUAGCUGCAUAUUGUCAUGCUCUUCAGUUUUAUAGUGAAAAUAAUAAACUUUCUGGGCAUUCUAUAGAUAAUAUAUAUAAAGCAAAGCCUUUAGAAGUAAUACGUAUCUCACUUGUACAACUGGGAAAAAAAGAAAGCUUUUUAUAUGAUAACUAUUCAAAGUUUCUUAUUUCUAAUUUAACAAGCAUUUUGGAUAUGUUGCAAGCUCAAAUGUUGCAUAAAUUAGGAAAAGGUGUUGAUGUUGAAAGAUUUACAAUGGAUAAUAACUAUAAAAAAGAAACCAUACUUGGCCUGGCAAUGACCAUUGAUGAAGAGCAAAUGAAUAUUUGUUUAUUGUUAGCGCAAAAGUAUGAUGUACAACGUUGGGAGGUCAUGCUUUCCUUUGUUGAAUAUAUUUUCACUGAUAGCGGACUCAAGCCAAAAGCAAUACGAGAUUUAUUAAACAAAUGGGACGUUGAAGAAGUACUGAAGGGUCACAAUGAAGAUGUUUUGGUUCGUUUUCAAAAAUACAUUUACCCUGAAAUUGAUGGUUCGGAUCACAAUAAGCUGCUUUUGUUUUAUGUGUUUGCUUUAAACUGCACAAGUCCAGCACAAGUUUUAGAAGGAAAUUUAACUCUUAAUGAUCAUGUCAAGUUGUUAAAGAAAAUAAAAGCUGCUGGUUUAGCAAUUAACUAUAGGAAUCUUGUUCACAGCGGAUCUCCUCUUGAUGUUAUUAAACAUCAUGUUAAAGAAAAUAAUGUGCAUCUUCUUUCUAAGAUCGCUGCUAAAAUAGUUCAGGUUGAUGGUACUACUCUCUCUCCAAACAAAGUUUUUUUAGAGUAUGCAAAAAAUGAGUUUUGGACCACAAAAAAUCUAGAUAAGCUGGAUUGGAUCCAUCGGUUCGAGGCUUGCCAAAAAAUUUUUCCAAAGCUUGAAAUGUCAGAUAUUAUAGAAUUUAGUAAAAACAUUCUUUUUUCUGAGCUGUCUGUUAUAUCUCUUACCAAUGAUUUGCGUCAAGAAAUUGCCAAGAGAAUCCUUAAAUUUUUAAGGCAGCUAAAAGGACAAAUAGAAAAUAAUUUUAAAGACCAGGAUAGAGACAAGUUUUUAGAAGCUCAAAGAUCUACAGAAUCUAUGGAAUUUAUCAUAAGUCAUCUUGAAUCUAUAAAUAAAGUUAAAGAAGAAUAUCUUCAAAAAUCUUCCCAUUCAUCUAAAGAGAUUUUUGUGAGAAAGCUUGACAUGUCAGAAGGAUACAUUGGAAAAAUUGAACUACUGUGUUCUGAAAUGAUUGUUGCUUCAGAAGCAGUUGAAUUAAUUGGUUUGCUAGCUUGGUACAAGUCUAAAGAACUGAAUUUACGUAAAGUAUUUUGCAAUGUGCUUCAAAGUUCUCUUCAAACAAUAGACAGUGAAAGGAGUGGACAGAAACAUUUUUUAGAAUUAGUUCAUUUGAUAAAAGUUCACAAUGAAAACAAUGGCGAUUUGGUAACAGUACAUGAUAUCUUAGAGAUUGUUCGAUCAUUUUGUUCUGAUAUAAAUACUAGCACUCAUUCAAAAACUGUUUUACUUCAACUUCUGGAUCAAAACAUUGAUCUUACAUCUGAAGAUAUGCAUAUGUUGAUGUACUUUCAAAGUGAUUCAAUUAUUGCACCAAGAUGGAGUGUAAAGAUUGAUGAAAGAGAUUUAAAAGAAGAAAAGAAUAGAUAUGAAUUAUUUAUGACGCUCAUUGAAAAAACUGAAGUUCCAGAACAAAUUGCUGGUUUAAAGCAGCUAUUGUUAGCAUGGCCUCCAUUUGUUGUAUCGGAUCAUUUGAGUGACCCUUGGUUAAUUUUGAUAUGUAAACAGAUUUUUUAUCAACUUUUUGAUGAUGUUGCAGAAACAAUCAAAAUUGCAUGCUUUUCAAAGAUUUCAGAUUGUUAUAAACAUAUUUAUGAGAAACUUUGUAAUAUGAAGAAAUACCAGUUAGCAUUUAAAGUGAUGCUGCUUAGCAACAAUCAAGAUUGCAUUGACUUUGUGUAUAAAGAAAGUUUUACAAUUAAGGAAGUUAUUAUGGACGAUGAGCUUUUUAGCUUAAUCAUGGAUUCAAACUCAGUUCAUUUAGUUUCCCAUACCCCACUGUUUCAAUCGACUGUAUCCACACUUAUUCAAAAAGAUGAAAAAACUUUAAAUAACGUUUUACAAGUACUUAGAAUAAAUGAGCAGCAUGCUGAAGCAGCAUCGAUUAAAGCGCAGUAUGCAAACUUGCAUCCGUCGUUAAGGAGUCUUAAUAAUGCACUAGAGUUUGCGAAAACAUUUCUUUCUAAGUAAUAUUUUCAUUUUUCAAAAUAUUUUAUUUAAACUUCUAUAAAUUAUUUAGUAAAAUUUAUAUCAUUCAUUAAACAGUAUUUUAAA